AAAUGAACAAAACCUUUACAGAAUUUAAAAGGUAAACGAAUGAAUUUUUUCAGUUCGAUAUUCUUCAUAAUUUAUACCUUUGUAGUCUUUCACUAUUUAUUGGUAUGAAUGGGAUAAUGUAAAAGAAAAUGAUGGUGGAUUUUAUCAAUGUCGAGCUCGUAAUACAAUUGGAUGGAGUUCAUGGUCUCCAAAACUACAAGUAAUUGUAAACGAACUACCUCGAUUUAUAAGGAAGCCAAAAUCAGUUGAGUUCGUAAAGAGUAAUAUGCCGUUAAUAUUACCAUGUGAAGCCUACGGACAACCUAAACCAAUAAUUCAAUGGUUUUAUAGUAAAUUAAACCAACUAGGGAGUAAUUCAUCAAAAUCUGUUAUGAUCACGAGUCUAAACAAGCAGACACAGAAGAUGGGAACGGAGAAUAUUGUAGAAGACCAAGAAUAUGGUGAUUGUGAUAGAGAAGAUAUUACUGAACAAGUUGAAAACUGUAUAUUCAAUACUACUGAUCAUGGUAUCCAGUAUCCAUUUCAAAAAGACCGGACAAUUAAUGAAAGAUCUAUCUUAAGUAUCGAUUUGCCAGGUGGUGUGAACAAAAUGCCAGAUGGAAGUCUUCUUAUAUACACUUGUAAUGCGUCAAAAGUAACUGGACAGUAUUUUUGUAUUGCUAAAAAUUCUAUUGGUCAUAUUAUAACAUCAGUGGAAUUAAAGCAAGAUCUAAAAAUGCAGCUAUAUGAUAGAUUUUUUAAUAACAUUAUGUUGCAUGUCAAACCUUUAAUAUACUCUGCAAUAUUAUCUUGGAAUAAAAUGAAACAACCCGCUACGUUGCAUUCGGGUACUACUUUUGACACCAUCGGCAAACAAUGUUAUUACGUAACAUAUCAUUCACCGGUUCGGUCAGGUGAUGAAUGGAUCACAACUGUUGUACAACCAGAAUACACUAGUCGAAUAAGGUUAAAUGGACUUAUUCCAGAUGAACUAUAUGCAUUCCGAAUAAGUCAUUGGUGUACAUCAUCGAACUAUAAUCACUCGAGUAGUUCUACAGUACUAAUUAGAACUGGAUUACCAUUAGAUCAAAAUACUGGAUUAAUUUUAACGAAUAACAAUACCCAUUAUUUAGAGUUUGAACACGAUACAGAUUCAUCUAAACCACCGUCGCCACAAUCAUUAAAACUACAAAUAACUCAAACUGAACGGUAUAACAGCAUUCUAACAUGGAAAUUUCAAAAGAAUCCACAAACUUCAUCACUUCAUCUAAAUGUUCAACAGAAAAGCAAUGAAUUGUCGGAGCAAAUUUCAUAUUUCCAGGUAGAAUUCAUUGUAUGCGCAAGUUCCCAAACGCAUCUAUUUGGAAUUAGUAAUUGUACAGAUGGUAAAAAUUAUAUAUAUCGGUGGAAGUCCUUAGCACCAGUACGCUAUCCCAAAUUAACUCUUGAAUUAAAUCAUGAUAAUGAAAUGUUUUUGUUGGAAAGUAACAACAGAAAUGAAGAUCUAACAGUUGACAGUGAUGCAUUCAGAACAAUUGUUGAAUACAAUGAAUUAAACUCAUUUUUAACUAAUUUAUACUACAAUUCAUUAGUGUAUGAAUUGAGGUUUCGUGUAAAAUCUUUUGGCUUAAUGUCAGUUAGUGAACCGUCCAAUGAGUUAAUCAUUAAACACCCUUUAUUACCAUCCAUCUUAAAUGCAUUAAAUCAAACUCUUUAUUAUGAACGUUAUCUUAUUUAUAAAGCAAUUCAACAAGUACAUUAUGAAACGUUAAAUAAUUAUCAACAAAAUAUUACUAAUAUAAGAUUACAUAAUAUUAAAAUGAAAACAUUAAAGAACUUGAACACUUUCAAUAAUCAUGACAUAAUAAAUAAACAUAACAAAACAUAUUGGUUUAUUUAUUGUAUUAGUUUUACUUUUAUAUUAAUCAUAUUCAUUCUAAUAUUUAUAUUGUUAAAAAAAUCAAUAAAAAAGAUCAAAAUCAAAAUUAAAAAAAUUAAAAAUAAAAAUAAAAAACAAUCAAUAAAACAAUAUAAUGACAAACAAAUCAUUGUAACAUUACCUAAUAUUGAUUUUUUAAAUAAUCAAUAUCAAUCGAAUAAAACUUGUUUAAAUGAUUCAUUUAAUUUAUAUGAUACAAAUUUUGUAAUGAAUGAAUUUAAACAAAAUUUAAUAUCAAAUUCUAAUCAUAAAUUAGAUAACUAUAGUAUUCCUGAUUGUUAUGAUUGUAAUAAUGAACAAUUAAAUCAAUAUUUAACUUCACAAUAUAUAAAAGAACAUGUAUUGAAUACAACAGAUUUAAAUUCAAAUCAUACAAUUCAAUGUUCAAAACAAACCGAAGAUACAAAUUGUGAUCAAAUAUAUUUAAUAUUAUCUAGUUAUGAAAAUUCAGCUUAUUAUCCUUCUUCUUCUUCUUCAGAUACAUCAAAAACUCAUCAAGUAAUGGAUAAACAAAAUACAAAUUUAGUAAAUAUGUGGAAUACUGAUGAUGUAACAAAAGAGAUAGAUCAUAAUUUACCAGACAAACAUUAUGCACUGAUGACGCCUGAAAUUUCGAGAUCUGAAGAUCCGGACCCCCUACAUCAAACAAUGAUAAAAUAUACAUUGAGUGAACCGGAAACCAUCGUACCAUGUAAAUGUUCACAACUUUCUAGCUUAACACUAUACUCACCAUGUCCAAAUCAUAUGUCAUCAACAAUAUCUUACACCCCAACCAAGUGCUAUUGUACUGAUCAAGUUCAAACAAUUCACUGUACAGAACAACAGCAUCAAUGUAACUCUAAUUUAAUGAACUAUCCAUUACCACCACGAUCAAUUCCAGAAACAAUAUUUGUAGUUAAAAAUUAAAUAAAUAUAUUCAAGGACGAGGCGAAGGCCAGACAUAUAUUUUCAAUGCUCAAAAAAGAUUACUUCAGAUUCCAUUAUUUUUUAUGUUUUUUCCAAUAUUUCCUUUCAGUAUAAUUUUGGUUUCUAUCUUCCUCAUCCGAACGUAUCUUUGUUGAUUAUGGGACGAUAUUUAGAAUUGUAUAAAAAUAUCAAUUACUGUUUUUGUAAUAGAAAAAGUCUAAGUUUUUGAAUAUGUUUUUUUCAAUUGCUAUUAUUACAACGUCGGUACCUA